AUGAUAAUAAAUCAAAAGGAUUUUAUGUUCAAAGAGAUUAAACAAGAAUUGGCCUAAAAGUAUAAGCAAUUAGAAAUUGAUCAAAUUGAAAUAAUGCAGAAACUCUAAUGUUAUAAAGAGUCUGCAUAAAACAAAUAACAUGUCGAUAAUAAUUCAUUAUUGAUUGACGAUAUACAAAACUCUUCUCUUCUCUUGCUUUCAAAUACAUAAAGGGACGUAGCAGAUAAAACAAUUACUGAUUUAAAAAGAGCAUUAGAAUAAUCGGAAAGAGAUAGAGAGAAUAAAAUUGAAUAGAUUAACGAAUUAAAAAAAUUAAAUUAAAAAUUAUACGAAGAAUUAAAUAUUGCAAAAAACAAUGUAAUAAAAUCAAAUAAACUUCUAAAUGAGAUUACAUUUCAAAAGGAAGAAUUAAUGAAUUAAAUCAAUAUGAUUAGGAAGCGUAAAUCAGUUGACACUUCUUUUUAUUAAACUUCGAUUACUGAUAUCACAAAUCAAGAUAUCUCAAUCCAAAUGAAUAGAAAAAAAUCAAUGUCUCAAUAUGAAACUGCUGAUCAAAAACAACUGCAAUAGUAUAAAAAGUUUGCAGAGUGCGUUAAAGAUAUGAUACUAAAAUUAUAACCAAAACUAUAUGAAAAUUAAAAUGUGUCGCUGUCUGAUGCUUGGAAGUGGUUAAAGAUCAUAAUUAAUGACUAUGUUCAAAUUGCAAAUACAAUUAAGCAAUUGAAAUAGAUUCUCAAUGUAGAGUAGCCAUACAUUGUUUUAGAAGUUUAAUAAUUAAUUAACAUGAUUGUUUAUAAAUAAUGA